AUGAAAUAUCACAUCAACGUCAAAAUUGAUGCAGAAAAUUAUGGUCUGAUUCUCCCACUCGACUUUUCCUUCUGUAAAAUUAAAACCCCUCUUGAAAUUAUUCGCUUUUCUCCAAGAAUCAAUAAUCCUCUCUAUUUGCAAGUUGCCAAAAGCAAGGAACACAAGUGGCUGACAAAAAUAUUGAAAUUGAAUAACAACGAAUUGGAGGAACUGAAUGAUCUUCCAGAGGUGCUUAAAAGUCUUUUUCCUACAGACAAUUGGCUGACGUGGUUAGAUCUGUCUUGCAAUCAACUCACCCAGGUUCACUCGGAAUUGACGGAAAUGAAGAACUUGACAAUUCUCUACCUUCAUGGCAAUAAAAUAGCAUCCAUUCGUGAGUUACUGAAAUUGGAGGCUCUUCAAAAUCUCACCAAGUUGACAGCCCAUGGAAACCCUGCUGAAUUGGAACCAGGAUACUUCAUUAUUUUGCUAGCCGCAUUUCCCAACCUGGUAAAAUUAGACUUUACUGGUAUUUCUAUUAACGAAAGACUAGCUGCUGCUAGAUUUCGAGCUUCACUAUUGAAAGUAAAGGCAAAUUAA